AAGAGAUGCUCUGGGCUUCGACACUGGGAACUUGCGCUUGAAUGAGGUACGGUGGUGAACGCGGAGAAAGCUGCAGUUUGUAAACAGACAACUUUCGCUGAUUUUUGGUCGAUAAAAACAUCGCAACAUGGCUUCAAAGUGUCCCAAGUGUGACAAGACGGUGUAUUUUGCGGAGAAGGUGUCCUCUCUGGGGAAGGACUGGCACAAGUUCUGUCUGAAGUGUGGGCGCUGUAACAAAACCCUGAACGCAGGAGGGCAUGCUGAGCAUGAUGGGAAGCCCUUCUGCCACAAACCCUGUUAUGCUGCCCUCUUUGGACCAAAAGGUGUGAACAUUGGGGGAGCAGGUUCCUACGUGUAUGAAGCCCCUGUCAACGAUAGCCCAGCCCCUUCUGAUGUGGACACUCCCCCAAAGCCUGCCGAGGAGAAGAAGGUGUUUGCACCCAGAGCCCCUGUUAAAGCUUCCAGCAUUACCACAUUCUCUGGUGAGGCCAACCUGUGUCCCCGGUGCAACAAGAAGGUCUACUUUGCUGAGAAGGUGACAUCCCUGGGGAAGGACUGGCAUAGACCCUGUCUCCGCUGUGAGAGGUGCAGCAAGACCCUGGCAGCCGGCAGCCAUGCGGAGCAUGAUGGCCGGCCCUACUGCCACAAGCCAUGCUAUGCUUGUCUCUUUGGACCCAAAGGGGUGAACACUGGGGGUGUUGGCAGCUACAUCUAUGAGAAGGAGGUCAGCACGGAGGCCCAGCCCUGAGCUACUGCUGCCUGCCUGUCUGUCUGUCUGUCUGUCCCAUUCCAAGUCUCCAAGUCAAACCUGAGUCCAACCACCAUCCAUCACAGUAUAUUACAGCAGGCUCUGAAGGCAGGCCUGAGAGACCCACAACCAUGGCUGUGUUUAGUGUGUUUUUAUGUUCUGGACUGUUCAAUUUAACAAAAGGUUCUGUACUGAACGAAUGGCUGAGUAACUGGCAAUGAUUGAGUUGUGGUUUAGGGAACUCUGUCGUUGAUUGGUUCAAGAUACACAUUGCCACAGCCUCCACAAAGGAGCAAACGUAUCUCAAAGUCUUUUCAAAAAAGAUUUGGGAAAAUGUAUAGUUCAGUACAGACUGUUCAGCAACGUUCAAGCUAACUGAAUGGAACUCAUGACUCUAGCUCUCCUUUAUAUCCCUGAACAAACAAAACCGCCUCAGCUUCUUGCACUGCAGACCUCUAAGAAAGACUGCCCCCAGGAUAUGACCGAUAAAUCUCACCUACUUAUGUUAUAUUUAAUUUACAAUUUAAAAUGUUGAGGGAUGAUGGCAAAACAAGCAUCAUAUUGAUAUGUGACUGCUGCUCUAUCUCCCCACUGAAACUCAAUGGCCAGGAGGCCAGUUCUUCAACUUUAUGAGCUCAUCACCGGUUCAUUAUGUUUGUGUAUAUUUACAAAUGUGGAUACAAAUAUAUUACAAACCCACAUUAAAUGCUUUAAGAACUUCUAUAAAAUGUUAUUUUAUAAAAAUAUUUGAAAGUCAUUGCAAGUAGAGAUGAGCCCAGCUGGAAACUGAAUUGAUCACGUUUAUUUUAUGAAGCCCUUCUUUUAUCAGCAGCUGGCCCAAAGUGUUUGUACAGAGACCCAGAUGUUAGGAAAAGAACAUUUUGAGAAUGAAACGAGUCUGUGUCAUGCGAAGUCUCAGGACAGCAGUGAUACAUGGUGUCUGAUGGAAGGUGCUGCGUUGUCAUGGUCACAUUUUGACAGUGUGCAGGGAGAGGAUUCCACCUGGGAGUGGGGGGAGUGGUCCUGCUGUAGGUGUAGGAGGUGCUGUUUCUGAAGAGGACUACAUCACCCAUUAAUAUAACAGGAGGUGUAUAAGAGAACCGCCAUGUGAAUACAUUUUGCGAACAAAACUACACUCCAGAUGAAAUGAUAUAAAAAUUAUUUAUUUGGGAGAGUCAGUUACAGAAAAUGUAUGGAUGAUGUUUAGAUGAUUGUGGUGUGGGUUUCUGAAGGUAGCCACGUUCAGUAUUUGUUUGAAACAUUUUAGCCUGUUACACUACAAUGGAUACCAUAGGAGUUGGCUAUACAGCAGAAACACAUCUGGAAUCAGGUUUAUAAUGUGGGUUCUAUUAAUGGGAUGACAGGCUAGGUUGUUUAUGUGUAUUUAUGGGUCCACACAUGGAUGUCAUUUUAGAUUAGUUUUGAAAUGCACUGGAUAUGUUUAUUGAUUUGUUAAGGAUCAGAAAACUAUACCAGGAACAUUACUUGUAGACAUUGCAUUACACUACUGCUACCGUGAAGGAAGGAAGAAAGACAUAAGCUUUACAGUGAUGAACAAUAUUUAGGCUAAGCUUACAGGAUAUAGACCAUCUGAAAGCUGUACAUUUCUCUAUUGUAAGAAUGUUAUUGACCGCCUUCUGUAUGUAUUUCUCCCUCAGAUUACUAUAACCCGAUUGGAGUAUUUCACCUGUAUUAGUAGCAUGUACAGUAUCUAAAAUGGCACCCUGUCCUUUCCAUAGUUCUCUACUGAUGGCUCUGGCCUACAGUCAGGGCUCUGUGCAGGGGACAGAUUUCAUUUGAGACAUGCAUAAACUUGACGCGAAGCAUUCUGUUUGAAGGUGCUUUAGAAUAUACAAUAUGACUGUUAUUGCCAUGAUUUGAUUAUAACAUUAACAUUGGUUUUGUAUAGUGAUUUGAUUAUAACAGUACAUUAAGAUUGGUUUUGUAUGGUGAUUUGAUUAUAACAGUACAUUAAGAUUGGUUUUAUAUGGUGGGGCUUUUACACUUCGGGAAACAGUUUGUAGGGGAAAAGAAAUUGUCUGCGAAUCCUCAGUCCUGCUGCUUCUGUCUUUUUAUCCCAAAAUUAAAUAUCCUAUAUCGUGGAUCAGAUCUCCUG